AUGUCACCAGUCUUGGAGCCUUCGCAGUCAUCUUCGCUGGACCUGGUGACACUGGAACUCGAUCCUGUGCCAACGUUUGUUAUCAGGACCGGACAAGAGCUACUCGAGUUUGAGUUCGUAUUUUGUAACGCAGCGUUCCGACGUGGCGAGUUUCAAGCACGCGUGGAGGAUCGCAACAGGGCAGCGUUACUAUUCAGAUCAUGGGCGCAAGCUCUCGGCGACUACAAACCGCAGCAGGAUUUCCGUGGAAAGAGAUGGACCUCACAACAUGCGGGGCCGGGCUUAGCAUGGAAGAUCAUACGAGCAACAGAAGCUUCACCAGAACAUGAGUCAAGCAGCGAUGCCAGCACCCCGGACGCAACGAAAGAGGCAACAGUCAAGCGUGAUGUCGGGAACUGGGGCCGCAUCUACCGUCGUUCAAAAGAGGAGAUUGUGCAAGAGAAGGAAGCCAGUAGGUCGGCCUUGCUCCGAACAUUACCUCGGACCAACCUCACCGCACGAUGGGAAGGACUUCAGACUAUGAUGGAGAUGUCGGAUGUGGGAGUUUUUGAAUACAAUGCAGAAGGGAAGUUAAUUCAUGCUAACGAAGCAUGGUAUCGACUCUCUUCGCAUCCUCGGAACUUACCGGCACAGGUCGAAUUCUCUUUCAUGGACCUUGUCUAUCCCGAGGACCAGGGCCUAGUCAUGUCCAUGUGGAACAAUUUGGCAUCUGGCAAUUCGGUGACAUUUGAGAUGAGAUGGAAAGCGGCCUCAGGCUCUGCCGCUGCAGCACAAUGGAUACUUUCGGCCUGCGUACCCGUGUUUGAUGAAGAAGGAACACUGAUCAGCAUUGCUGGCAACACCAUCGAUAUCAUGGCACAGAAGAAAUCUCAAGAGGUUGCGCAAGCACGCGUAGAAGCGUUAGAACAGGCAAGAUUGUCAGAGCAGAAGUUUGCCAGAUUCGCACAGCUGUCUCCAAUUGCUAUUUACAUAUUCGUCCCCGAACAAGGCAUGAACUACGUCAACGACCAGUUUUUUGAGCUCACCGGGCAUUUGCGAGAGCCACUCGAUCAAAUCGAAUGGUUCGGGCUUGUCGCCGACGAGGACCUGAAAAAAGUAGAAGAUGACUGGCAGCAGAUGUUGGCCGGUAAAAAGUCAGAUGGCGUUCAGGUUCGACUCAAGAAAACUUGGGUGAAUCAGGACGGUAUUGUCUCGAACAUUUGGGUGCAAAGCUCGAACUAUCCGGAAGUCGACGAGAGCGGAAAGGUUCUCAGUAUUUUGGGCACUCUUUUCGACAUUUCGCAAUUCAAAUGGGCAGAGACGGUGCAGAGACAACGAACAGAAGAAGCUCUGGAAGCAAAACGACAACAGGAGAACUUCGUCGACAUGACGUCCCACGAGCUUCGCAACCCAUUGUCCGCCGUGGUUCAAUGCGCGGAUUCUGUUAUCGCAUCAUUGCAGGGGCUGCCAUUUCAUGGCGAAAACACCUUACUCGUUGACCUAGACUUUGAAAAGAUUCGCGAUGAGAUUGCGACGAGUAUCGACUCAUUGCAGACCAUAGUUUCGUGUUCGCUACAUCAAAAGCGCGUUAUCGACGACGUCCUCACAUUGUCCAAGCUGGAUUCGAACCUAAUUUCAGUAACGCCAGUGCGAGUUCAGUCCACCGUAGUUGUUUGCGAAGCCUUGAAGAUGUUUGACGUAGAAUGCAAUCAGAUGGGCAUCAAGCUUGAGUUUCGGAAAGACCCGACACUCGAAGGCUACGAUUGGGUCAUGUUAGAUCCAUCUCGACUGCUUCAAGUCUUGAUUAACCUCCUUACGAACGCAAUCAAGUUUACCAAGGACAGGCUAUCUCGACGAAUCACUGUCACUCUGGGCGCCUCUUGCAAUCGACCGCCUGAAGUCUGGGACACAAUCAAUUUCACUUUUUCCAGACAACAACCAAGAGGAUUGACCGAGGGUCUCGAAUGGGGUGACGGAGAGUCGGCCUACCUGUGGCUGAAAGUUCAGGACACGGGCUGCGGUAUGACAUUCGACGAACAGCAAAAGCUGUUCUCGAGGUUCACUCAAGCAACACCUCGUACGCAUGUAAAGUACGGUGGAUCAGGAUUGGGACUGUUCAUCUCAAAAUCCCUCGCGACCCUCCAAGGUGGCGCAAUCGGUGUAGCGUCCGAUCCAGACAUUGGCUCUACAUUCGCAUUCUUCGUUCGCACACGCAAGGCUACGCCGCCCGAUGGUCAGUCGCUGAAAAUUCGGUCUGGGCUGCAGCGCACAAUCUCGACCGAGAACGUCAUGAAAGAUGUGAAGCUUAGCAUCCUGAUUGUCGAAGACAACCUGGUCAACCAAAGGGUGCUCAAGAAGCAGUUGACGAAGUUUGGGUGGAACAUCAGCGUUGCUGGUGAUGGACAACAAGCGCUCGACUGGCUUAAGGGUAGUGUGUACUGGCGAGGCACGCCCAGAAACAACCACGACACCACUACGGAAGAGGAGGAGGUGGAGUAUUUCAGCGCACCCAGGCAGCACGAUGUUGAUAUCAUAUUCAUGGAUAUUGAGAUGCCGGUCAUGGAUGGGCUUACAUGUGCGCAAAGAAUCCGCGAAUACGAAGCGAAAGGCCUGCUCGCUCCGCCACUUAAACAGCAUCCGGGAUUAUUGAGGCAACUGACAGCAUCAUCUGUCAACCCACUUUCAUCCUUCCCUGCGUUCAAUAUAUCGGAAUCGUCGUUACCACCAGAAGCACACACGCGACUACCAAUUCUGGCUGUCAGUGCCAAUGCGCGUAUGGAACAGGUAGAGCAGGCGCUGGCCGCAGGCAUGGACGAUGCCAUCUCUAAGCCAUUCAGGAUACCAGAGUUGUGGCCCAAGAUACUGAGGCUAGUCAAGAAGCUCAAUGAGCAGAGUGCGGAUGUAAGAUGA